AUUGACUAGUAGGCUAUUUCCGUCACUGGUUCAAAAUAUAUAUCUAAUUAGAUCAUUGCUAUUAGCCUUGGACUAUUACUAUUAUGCUAUUCCCCCUCAUCAACCUCUAACCACUAGCCAUCUCCUCCUCAAGCUAUUUCCAAGCAGCAGGUCCCCCCAAAAAAAAUCUUAAAAUCUUAAAAAUCAGCUAAUUUUGACCUGACCUGACCUUCCCUCUCUCCUCAGAUGACCGCCGGAAGAGCCGAGCUGAGGACUCGCUGACCCGGCACUCCCGUCAUGGAGAGGAACAGGUCAUGUCUAGAUGGAUGGAACAGCUCCUGCGGCGACGACUUGCCUGCGUCGGGCGAGAGGAACGGCAGCGUCGGCGGGGGGGCGGCGGCGCCUGGAGGAGGGCGGGAGAGGUUCGACUGGCCGGCCAUCAAGCACGAGCUGCAGUGGGCGUUUCCGGUCCACAUCUACGGCUUCGCUUGCCUCUUCUUCAUGCUCGCCUUCUACACCUUCUUCUCCAUUUUGAAUCUGAGGUCUCAGAUCUCAAACCGUCCAUUUAUGUCAACCAUUAAUGUUUUCCUGUGUGUGUUGGGUGUAACCAGAGCUGCCUGCUUCCUUAUCGAUCCGUAUACCUCGGGACAGGUGAUGCCCGGCUUCUUGGGUUCGGUGAUGUGGGAUGUCGGAUACCCCUGUAUUCUCUCUGCCUUUAGCCUCAUACAGCUGGCUUUCUCGCAGCUCACUCAGGUCAAGUUUCGCCCUGAGACGCUGCGGCGAAAGUCAGCGCUGAGUCUGAUGAUCACAACCCACUUCGCUCUCGUCCUCGGCGCCGACAUCGUCACGGCGUUUGAGAACCAUCUGCAGGUGGUCCGGUGGGUCGUGCAGACGGUGUUCCUGAGUUGGGGUCUCGUGCUUUGUGUCACUUUCUUAUACGGCGGCGGUCGCAUUAUCAGGCUCCUGCGCACCAUCCCGCACACAGCCUUCCAAGGCGGGGAUUCCUGCACGCCUAAUAACAAAGGCAUCCUCCAACUGGCACUCCUGGCACAAUGCAACAACAUCGCCUCUACUGUGCUGACGGCUGCCACACCUUCAGUUCUCACGCCGAAGAUAAAGAUAACAGAUGAAUACGACCAUACUUAUUCCUACGUCUCGGAAGGCUCGCGAAUCUCCUCCCUGCAGACAAGCGAUCCGGAAACGGCACUCUCAUCUCGACGCCCCUCAGCCAGGAGUGCCCUGCAUGAGCCUGCCACCGCGUCUACGUCAGGUAAUUUGAUUAACAUUAUGAAUCAACGUUAA